AUGGACGCCCUCAAGAACGCUAUCUCUGGCAACAAGACCAGCAACACCAAUGCUCAGGCUAGUGGCCAGCAGUCCGACUACCUCGACAAGAUCACCGACUUUGGUGUCAAGAAGUCUGGCCACGAGGCUCAGUUUGGUCGUGACAAGCAGGAGAAGGCUACCGAUGCCCUCCGCAGCGGCUACGAGAAGAUGACUGGCAACAAGGUCGACCCCAAGUGGUCCAACUAA